ACGUCAAAUCGCUGUCAUCGCCAUUGUUUACAUUUUUAAUCCGAAGCAAAACAUUAAACAGGCGUGUAUGUCUGAAAAAGCAUAAAGAUUGCGUGUAGUAUUUAUCCUUUAUUCCACAAUUUUAAGUAUUAAAAAGUAGCUUUUUCACAAAAAGCGUAACUUCUUUCCGGAAAGUGAAUCUCGCAAACCGCUAAAACCAUGGUCACAAUCGGAGAAGCCUUCGCCCCGGUAGAAGGCAUCAUUUACUGGGCCAGUGAGGUCAAACUUACAAUCGGGACCAGUGUCGUCGAACCGGUAGGAGAUCUCUACGCUACUGAUAGUUCGUUGAUAUGGACCUGUCAGGCACGCAACAGCAGUAUUUCCAUUCCAUGGCCUAGAGUUGGGGUCCAGGCGGUGUCUCACAAUCCGGAAAAGUGCAUUUACUUGAUGUUGGACAUCAACCUGGUUUGGCCGGGCUUCUACGAAGUCGCAGCUCAGCAGAAUGGCGACGAGGAAGGCGAUGGAGAUGAUCUGGACGAGGGCCAUGAAUCGGGUGGAUCGGAAAACGAAAUGACGGAAAUGUGGUUGCAACCGCCGAGGCCGGAAAUGGUCGACGAGAUGUACCUAGCUUUCCGGGAAGGCCAGGUGCGAAAUCCCGAUCCAGGCGAUAUCAGCGAGGAUGAGGACUACAUGGAAGCCGAGGAGGAUGAUCUCCAAGAGGUGGAUGACAUGCGGAACCUUCAACUAGAUGAUAACAAUCCUGACUCUAAUUGCAGACGAGGAUAAGUACGCCGAUGCAGAGGAAUGAGCAGCAAACCCAUAACAUCAUGUCUCAGACGCCAGAGUGAAACAUUAUUGAAGUUAAUGCGUUUUUAUUAUUAAGAAAACUUUUUGCAGAAGGAACAAAAGUUAGGUGAAAAGGGUUGAAUGGCACGAGCAGAGGAACCGCCAUGCGGUUCUCUUCGCUUCAGCCUUCGCGAGUGUCGAAGAAAUAGUCUCUAAACUCAAAGUUUUCUGAAGAAAACAUUAUCAAUUCCAGAUGUUAGCUUGUAGACUUAAGCAUUAUUGAAUUGGUGAGCAAUUUAACAGAAACUCAAGCUUAUUGGAAAUAAAUACUUUUGAAAAAUUAA